AAAUUAACUCCAGGCACCAAGCGCUAACCCCCAGUUGCUGCCUACCACUACACCUAUUAUAGCGUGUUGCGUGUUAGUCAAAGAAUUGGCACUAGGAUCCUACAACACAUCAACACCAUAAAGCAAGGCCUUGGACGUCGACCAGAUGUCCUGAUCGCUCAUUAUCAUCUACCUCCCUGUCCUAGCGAAAUAUAUUCAGAUUUGAAAAAUGGCUGCUCCUACUCCAGCCAAGCACACCUUCACCGGAUCCUGUCACUGUGGUUUCAUCAAGUAUACUGCAGCCGUCGCACUCACCGACUCCCCGACAGCAAGCCGCUGCAACUGCACAAUUUGCUUGAAGCAAGGAUACACCAGCAUUCGCAUUACUCCGGAAGACUUCACCCUGCUUUCGCCAGAGUCGGCUUCGCAGGUCAAAGACUAUCAGAUGAAAUCUAAGGACAUUCACAAGUACUUUUGUGGUACAUGCGGGAUCCACGUCUGGAGCGAAGGAGAAUUUGUGUACGAGGGCAAGAAGUAUCCGCUCUUCUCAGUCAAUAUCUUGACACUCGAUCAACCGCAAGAAGGGUUGGACUUGAGCAAGGUCAAGAUUCAGUAUUUUGAUGGAAGAAACGACAAUUGGAUGGCAGGCCCAAGGGGUGUACCGUGGCCCGGGCAGUGCAUCUGAAGGCAUGGCUGUUCAGAGUUUCUGACUUGCAAAUCCAUAAAAGGUCAAUCGUCGCUAUGAAAAAAAGGUUUUAUAUUUCCCCUUUUUUGGUAAGGUCAGGUCAGGAUAGUCGCUUCAAUAAACCUUACAUGAUUUGUUCUGUCCUCGAACAGCUACCCAUCUAAAAGCAGGAAGCGAGAAUGUGAACGUACAGCCACAGGAUCAUCGGCCGGUCAUUGACUUACCUUAACAAUCCCUGCCUCCGAGUUCUGCGUUGAAUCUGACCCGGGAGGUCCACUUGGCUACAAGGCUCAAUUUUGUGGGGUUAUCCUAAAACCCUGAGAGAGACUGCUUAGACGUGUCUUUAUU